AUCUUGGGAGAGUAUAUAGCUUGUGCACGCCCGUCCGUUAAUCUUACCCAUAACAUCUCCCACUCAACAUCCAAUCAACAACAAGAUACUCAACAUCACAACGCCAAAAUGUCUUACAACAACUACACCAGGACCAGCACUGGCCGUCCAGAGCCGAUUCAGCACCAGCAGACAAUGGCGAAGCCCGCCAGGAAAUAUGAGUUGGUCGUCGAACAACAGCCGAUACGAGCCCGCAUGUGCGGCUUUGGUGACAAGGAUCGAAGGCCGAUCACGCCCCCGCCUUGCGUCCGCUUGGUCGUCUACGACACCCACACAGGACAAGAGAUUCCCUUUAACGACAUCGACAGCACGUAUUUCGUGCUCAUGGUCGACCUCUAUGACGCGCAGGGAGCGAGUGCCGUCAACCUAGUGAGACACAGUAGCGCGGCACCGACGGUGUCGAUAUCAAGUAGUACCACUACUUCUUAUCCUCCGCCGCCCGAGCGAACGCACCAUAUGUUCGCAGCCCAAGUUCCGUACGACUCAAGGGGUGGCAUUCCACAGCAACACAUGGUCCCAUACGGCGGCAAUCCUGCUGCAGGACCAGCAGGAUACUGGCAGGCCCAAGCACCCGGCUACCCCAUCCAGCAAAAUAUGUACGGUCAGCCCCCCGUGCAAAUGACCAACACAAUGAUUCCUGCAACACCCUUGGGCUCAAAUCACACCCGGAACCUCAUUGGCAUGAACGCUGUCAAUGCAUGCCGCCUUCAAGAUCUCGACCAAAAGCCUGGCUUUUGGUUUGUACUACAGGAUCUGAGCGUGCGCACCGAGGGCACAUUCCGGCUGAAGCUCAGCCUGUUCGACAUUGGCUCGAAUGAUGGUACCAACGGCACCAUCCAUAUGAACGACGGCAGCAAAGGUAAAGGCCCAUGCCUUGCCUUCGACUUUACCGAGCCUUUUACCGUCUACUCGGCCAAGAAGUUCCCCGGUGUUAUUGAGAGCACCAAACUCAGCAAGUGCUUUGCGCAGCAGGGUAUCAAGAUUCCUAUCAGGAAAGACGGCCCCAAGGUACCCAACCAGGCUGAGUUUGAUGAGGAUGCGUGAGAGUUGGGUGAUAGGCAUACGGGUUGACGGCAUGGUCGUUGGCAGGUCAUGGAUGAUGAACGCAUGUUCUGGAUUGGCGUUUUGGAAUCUUGGCGUUGUCUGGGGUCUUUAUCAAUACAUGGUGAGCGGUUUUCUGUAGGUAUCGCAAAUGGGCAAAUCCCUAUUUCACA